AUGGCGACCUCUACAUUGCGCUUGUUCAGGAGAAUGGAGAAAGUGAUUCCGGCCCCUUCCGCGCUACGGACUGCGAGUGCUGCGGCGAACGUGCCGCGCCACUCCUUUGCCAAUUCGGCGCCGAGACUGCAACUGGGACCGCCGCUGAACAUUCCAAAAUGGGUCUCGGAAAACUCGCAUAUGCUCAAGCCCCCAAUCAACAACUACUGCGUGUACAACGACUCGGUCACCGUCAUGAUAGUCGGCGGCCCCAACGCGCGCACCGACUACCAUAUCAAUGAGACAGGAGAGUGGUUCUACCAGCACAAGGGCUCCAUGCUGCUCAAGAUUGUCGACGAGGCCGCCCCUGCAGACGAGCAGUUCAAAGACAUCCACAUCCACGAGGGCGACAUGUUCCUGCUACCUCCAAACGUACCACACAACCCUGUGCGCUUCAAGGACACGGUCGGCGUAGUGCUCGAGCAGAAGCGGCCAGAAGGCAGCCUGGACCGCUUGCGCUGGUAUUGCCAGAAUUGUCGCCACCAAGUGCAUGAGGAGGCGUUCCACUGCACCGAUUUGGGCACCCAGCUCAAGGACGCCAUCAGUGUCUUCAAGGCCGAUACUGAAAAACGGACAUGCAAGAAUUGCGGCACGCUGUGCGACAUCGUGCCACAGCCAAAGGCGUGA